UGAUUGAGUUUCGUUAAGCAUCUGCUAUUGAUAGUUUCAUUCUAUUGAGAUAUAUUAUAUUACAUUGUCAAUAUAUAAUGUAGUUUUAUUUUAAGCUAUUGAUUGAAAUUUUAAAAUCAAGAUGGCUUCAAACGAAGCCAAAGGGCAAUCUAAUUGCUACAAUAUAUGUACUCAAUCCCAACUUCCAUGGGGUGUACGAAAGGAAAGACAGACAUUUCCAUCUGGUAUAAAUAUUGACAUAGAAGUCAAGCCUGGUGAGUUUAUCUUGAGAACCCUUUUUGCUGAAUUUACUGUUCAAGCAGAACGUAAAAUAGAUCUAGUCUUAGCUGAACCAUUGGAAAGACCUUUGUCAAAAUCUUUGCAAAGAGGUGAGGAUACUCUUUUUGAUCAAUUGCUUAGCGCAUUCGGCUCUGUUGCUGAGCAUUGUCUUCCAUCUCUUUUGAGAACUUUAUUUGCCUGGUAUGAUCGACAGGGAGUUGAUUCACCUCUUUCCCAGGAAUUACGAAUGAGAUGCGAUUCCAAAAAUAAAGGAGAUGUUCAAGAAAAAACUGAGAAAGAUUACUUACAUGAAAGACGAGAUCUUGCAGUAGAAUUUAUAUUUUGUUUGGUACUCAUUGAAGUUUUGAAACAGCUGUCAGUACAUCCUGGACAUGAUGAUUUAGUUAUGUACAUUGAAAAUCUGGCCUUUAAGCACUUCAGAUUUCGAGAAGGUGCACAAACUGGUCCAAAUGCUCAAAAUGUUAACAUCAUUGCAGAUCUGUAUGCUGAAGUUAUUGGCGUUUUAGCUCAGUCUCGAUUUCAAUCUGUCAGGAAGCGAUUUGUUGCAGAAUUGAAAGAACUGAGAAGUAAAGAGCCCAGUCCAAUUACAACUCAUAGCAUAAUUAGUCUUCUAAUGGGUAUGAAGUUUUUCCGAGUGAAAAUGGUACCAAUUGAAGAAUUUGAAGCUUCCUUUCAGUUUAUGCAAGAAUGUGCAACUUACUUCUUGGAAGUGAAAGAUAAGGAUAUCAAACAUGCUCUAGCAGGACUGUUUGUUGAAAUUUUAGUUCCUGUUGCGGCUACUGUUAAAAAUGAAGUGAAUGUCCCUUGUCUGAAGACUUUUGUUGAAAUGUUAUAUUCUCAUACAUUGGACUUGUGUACUAAAAAAAAGCAUAGCUUGGCUCUUUUCCCUCUCGUGACAUGCUUGCUUUGUGUUAGUCAAAAAUUAUUUUUUCUUCAAAAUUGGCAUUACUUUUUAGCUAUGUGUUUAUCACAUUUGAAAAAUAGAGAUCCUAAGAUGUGUCGUGUUGCACUAGAGUCAUUGUAUCGAUUAUUGUGGGUAUAUAUGAUUCGUAUAAAAUGUGAAAGUAAUACAGCUACUCAGAGCAGAUUACAAAGUAUUGUGAAUUCACUGUUUCCUAAAGGUUCAAAAGCUAUUGUACCUAGAGAUACACCACUGAACAUUUUUGUGAAAAUUAUACAAUUUAUCGCUCAAGAAAGAUUGGAUUUUGCAAUGAAAGAGAUUGUUUUUGAUUUACUAUCUGUUGGACGACCCAUAAAAAUAAUCCUUACUCCAGAGCGCAUGAGCAUUGCCUUAAGAGCUUUUCUUGUUGUUGCUGAUAGUUUGCAGCAGAAAGAAGGUGAUCCACCUAUGCCAAGAACUGUGGGUGUUUUGCCAUCAGGAAAUACACUUAGAGUUAAGAAAACUUUCUUGAAUAAAAUGUUGACUGACGAAACAGCUCGAACCAUAGGUAUGUCUCAUUAUCAUCCUUAUGUCAGAAAAGUAUUUGAUGACAUUUUGAAAGCUCUAGAUGUCCAAUUUGGUCGACCACUAAUGAUGACCACUGUGCAGAAUAUUAAUAAAGAGCCAGAUGACAUGAUCACAGGUGAAAGGAAACCUAAAAUAGAUUUGUUUCGUACAUGUGUUGCUGCAGUUCCACGACUUAUACCUGAUGGCAUGAGUCGACAUGAUUUAGUCGAUUUGCUGUCUCGUCUCACUGUACACAUGGAUGAAGAAUUACGUGCUUUAGCAUUUCAGUCUCUUCAAAAUAUGACUCUUGAUUUUCCUGACUGGAGGGAAGAUGUUAUUUAUGGCUUCGUCCAAUUCAUGCUACGAGAAGUAAAUGAUACAUUCCCUCAGUUACUUGAUAAUGCAUUACGUAUGCUUCUACAAUUUCUUACUAAUUGGAAGAAUGCACUUGCUUCUCAGUCGCAGAAUUCACUUAAAAAGACAUCUCAUGAGCAAAAUAAAAUUGAUCAUUUAUGUUCAGUAUUACAUUUAGUUGAAGCUGUAGCUCUCGUAAUGCUUUGCCAUUGUCGACUUCCACCUCGACGUUUAUCUGUCCACAUACUAAAAGAAACAAGAGCACUUUUAAAAAUAUUAGUUCCAUCUUGUGAAGAAGACUAUGUGUCAGAAGCAAUUGAUCAGUGUUGCCCUGUAGUAGUGGAGAAAUGUCUUCCACUUCUUCCUCCAGCUGAGAAAGCUGCUUUGCUUUCUGCAUCUCACAUUGAUCUGCAGUGGUUGACUGAAAGAAAUAGUUCUGUGUGGACCUCUGGACUUCAUGACACAACAGAGGGAUCUAAUAAACUUUCAAGCAACUUGGAAAUUUCUGAAAAUGCUGGUUUAGAUCCAUGGUGUGUUUGCUUGAUGGGUUUCAUUGAUAAUAGCUCUUUACUCAAACGAUGUCCUACUGCUGUUGCCCAUUCAUGGACAAUUAUAUACUCUAGAAUAACCACUUUAUUCAGUUACCUUGACCUUAAUCCUGUUAGUGACAAUCGAGCUUCAUUACUCAGACCUGCACCAGUAGUGAAAAAAGCUCUAAAUGAAAGAGAACUUCAUUUGACUCUCUGGAGAAAUUAUUUGAUGUUUGCUUGUCGCAUAGCUCCACCUAACUGUAACCCCCCUGCUCGUUUCAUUCCUACUGAACUUAAUCUUAGUUCUUCACCAGAUAGUAUUACCUCUGAAAGAUCUGAUAGUAGAUCUCCAAACCAUUCUUGUGUUCAAGUAUCAAGUUUGUUUAAACAAAUCACUCCUUUGUUAAGAAGUGAACAAGCAGAUUUACGUGACUCUGUUGUUCUUGGUUUGUCUAAAGUAAAUCAUUUGGCUGUUAAAGAUUUAAUGGAGGAAUUAGUUAUUUACAUUAGAGAAGCAAUUGAUCGCAAGCAAGAAAAUGUCAGGAGACGAAGACGGCGGGAUGUCUUAAGAGUUCAGCUUGCUCGAGUUCUUGAACUGAUUGCUGAACAAGGUACUUUUGGCAUAAGCAAUUCUGUUCUUGAUAGAGAUGCAUCAUCCUUAAAUACUACAUUUGUUGAAUACAUUGAUGGUGCUCGCUUAUAUCUUGAAUCAGAAAAUGAUAAAGAUGCACUUGGUAUUGUUCAAGAAAUCAAACAGCACUUUUGUGGAUUUAUUCAUAAACUAAUAAAAAGUUUUUCCUUAGAAAAUAGACAUAAUUUACUAGGAUGUGACUUGCGUAGAAAUCUUUUCUACCUUUUUGCUUCAUGGAGUGGCAAAUAUGGGUCACAUUUUGGAAUUGGUGAUCGAAAAAUUAAAGAAGAACCUUGUUCUGAUUUUGAAUUUUCUGCUUUGCAAGCUAUGUCAGCUGUAUUAUGCUGUGGACCUUGUUUUGAUCUGCAAGGCCUUAGUGAAGAAGGUCCAUUUUAUUCAUGGUUAAAUGACUUAUUGAAUACUGAUGUUGAGAAAAUAUAUCAAUUGGGACAAGAAACUGUUGUUUUACUCUUAGAAUUUAAUUCGGACUCUGGAACCUUACUCGAUUGGCUUGUAGAUUGUUGUUAUACUGGAGAUAUUCAAAUGGCUGAUGGUUGUUUCAAUGCCCUUGCAACAAUUUUUAGUGUCCGUGAAUAUCCAUGUGAUCAUUACAUGGCUAUUAUUAAUGUAACAUUGCUUAAUACUGGUUGUCCAAGAAAUAAAAUUCAAGAAACUGCCUUUCAACUUCUUCAGAUUUUGGAUCAUCGUUUCUUUGGUAGCUGUACCGCAAUUUCAGUAGAUGGAGAAACUGAUGCAGUUAAUAAAAAUGUUGUUUUAAGAAGAAAAAACCAUCAGUUUUAUGACUCUUUAUUUUCAUCAGGAUAUCCAUGUACUCAGAUGCAGCUGUCUCAUCAUCUUGCCCAGCUACAUCCUGAGCUUACAAUGCCCAUCUUUUCUGAAAUAACUAGUAGAUUGCAAACAGCAAGACCAGCUGUGAGACAAAAUUUACUUCAGUAUGUAUUACCAUGGCUUUAUAAUAUGGAAUUAGUAGAUCCUAACAUUACUCACUGUAGCCCUCUUCCACAUCUGAGUCGAAUUCAAGAAUUUUGUUCCUCUGAAACAUGUCAGAGUAUUGUACUGGAACGUAGAGAAGGAUGGGGAUCAGCAGAAGCUACAGAAAUGGUAUUAAAUAAUCUGUUCUACAUCACAGCAAAAUUUGUUAAUGAUCAUCCUCAUGAGAUUGAAGAUUUAUGGGCUUCUUUAUGUAAAUGUUGGCCAAAUAAUCUCAAAGUGAUCAUAAGAUAUUUGUUUAUUGUAACAGGGCUUGCACCUACUGAGUUACUGGUGUAUGCUAAACGGGUUGUAUUAUUUAUGGCAAAAGCAAGACCAGAGAAGCUGUUAGAUGAAAUGAUGGCUGAUAUGCAAACUGUAGAAACUUUAAAUUGCCUUAUUGAAAGAACAGAAACUCCUCCUUUCUUUAGAGUCACUAGCAUCCGCAAAGAAAGCAGUCAUUCAGAUGACGGUGGAUCUAGUUCACAACCAGAUGCUCCUAGAAGUGAAGUUACUCUAGAACGUGGUACACUUCAUACUAAGCGUCAUAGUACUGAAAGUGGUUGUGAGAAAGAUAGUCAAAUCAGGAAAGAUGCUUGUGGCUCUGAAUCAUUACAAAGCUCUUGCAAUAUGACAGCAACUGGGAAAAUGAAUCCUGGUCCCUCUUCUACAACUGCUAGUGAUGAUGGACAAAACACUGUAAUUUCUUCUGUUGAAGAAGAUAACUUUUUACUUUUAUGCCACGUUCCUGAUGAACCUGUAAAGCCAGAAACUCCACAGCCUCAUCCAUUGCCAAUGCCUGAAUUUGGUGGUUACUAUGCUCCUUUAACGGAAUUUCUUCCUGAUAGCUCUCAACCUGUUACUGGAUUCCAUAGAUGUAAUUUAGCUGUUAUGCUUUUAGUUGAUGUAAUUGAUGGUAUAAGUAUUGAUUGGUCACCUCAUGUACCUUUGAUGUUGCAUGUCAUAUUCUUAGGACUAGAUCAUACUCGUCCUCUUGUUCAUGAACAUUGCAAAACACUUUUAUUAAAAUUGCUGAUAGUUUUAACUAAGCAUGAUGACCAUUUAGGAGUAGCUAGAAUACUUUUAAAUAAUAAAACACGAGAAUUGGGCUAUGGCCUUCCUUUACAGAAUUUUGUACCCAAAAUUAACUUUACAGAACAGAAACUUUUUGAAGAGAGUGACAUAACUGAAAUUAAAAAUCCUCAAUCUCCUACUGAUGAUACAGAAUCAACAUCUAGUAGAGAACAAGAUAGUGGCUCCUGUGAGACUCUUGCAAAUGAAGAAGCUAUUGUGUCUAAAAUUUUAGAACUCAAUAAAUUGACACCAAAUGUUUCUGAUACAAUAAAAUCUUUAAUAGAUUAUUUAGCUGGGAAAAAAGGCCAUGCUUUGUGGAGUUAUGAAGAUAUUACUGCCAAAGUUUGGUCAGUUAAAAGUGCUGAACAAUUGUCUACAUUUUUACAACAUGUUCUCUUUGUCUUUAAAGAAUCCAUACCCAUGGCACAUAUUCAAGAUCGCUGGGCCCAAAUAGCAUUGCAGUUAGCUUUGUCCUGUUCUUCACGUCAUUAUGCUGGACGUUCAUUGCAGAUAUUUAGGGCUUUGAAAGUACCCUUGAAUGCCAGAAUGCUGAGUGAUAUUUUGUCUCGUCUAGUUGAAACUGUUACUGAACAAGGAGAAGAUAUGCAGGGCUAUGUUACUGAAUUAAUGCUUACCCUUGAAGAGGCUAUUGAUUCUUUAGAUUCAGCUUUUAAAAUUAGUGAUAUCAUGAAAGACUUUUUUAAAUCAACACCUAAUUUAAAUAAAGAAAGUAACCGUAAAAGUGCUCCACCUAUAACUGUAACCCAUCCUGGUCAUUCUAGUGGAUCCAGUAAUCCUUUACCAAUGGGUUCCAAUCAUCAGCGCAGUACAUCUUAUUCUGGAAGAAAAUAUCCUGACUCUCCCACAAUAGAAAUUAAGGACCUCAGAAACCGCAGUAAUACUGAUAUCGAUGUCAGAUUGCGUUCAAAUAAUCUUGGCCGAUCUAGGAGUGCACAAUCAUUGAAAAUGGCUGAUGAGCAGUUUUCUCAAGAGGAUAGAAUGACUCUUCUAUCACAGUUUUUCUGGAUUGCUGUUUCACUUUUAGAAUCAGAUUAUGAACAUGAGUUUUUACUUGCUGUGAGAUUACUUGAAAAGGUUAUGACCAAAUUGCCUUUAGAACGUACAGAUUGUCAAGAAAAGUUGGAAAAAAUUCAAAUGCAGAUUAAAUGGUCUAAUUUUCCUGGAGUGCAUGCAUUACUUCUGAAAGGCUGUGCCUCUCCAGCAACAUUUGAUUCUACCAUUAAAAUCUUAACUUUGUUCACACCAUUACUUGAUAUUCCAAUUGUAGAUCCAUCUGAAUCUUUAGCUUUUCCAUUUCAUGUUAUGGCCUUACUGCCAUAUUUAUUGCUAAAUUAUGAUGAUCCAAACACUUUAUGUAUCAAAAGUGCUGAAAAUAUUGCUCAAGUGUGUAUGGAAAAAUCCAAGAAAUUAGAAAACUUGGCCACUGUUAUGAUGCUUUAUAGUAGAAGAUCAUUUAGUAAAGAAAGUUUUCAAUGGACAAAAUGUGUUGUAAAAUAUUUGUAUGAUGCAUACUGUCAUAUAUUUUUGAAUCUUAUUACUUUUCUUGUAGAAAUUUUAGAAAAAGGACCUCAAAAUCUUAUACCCCAUGUUCUUGGAAUUCUUUAUUGUGUUCUUCAUUAUUUAGAUGUGACCACUUCUGCUCAAACUAUAAAUUCAGAUCUGUUGCGAGUUAUAUCUAGAUACAUAGAAGGCCCACAAUGGAAAGAUGCAUUGAAAAUUUUAAAACUUGUUGUAACAAGAUCAUCAACACUUGCCGCUCCUCCAGCUCCAUUUAGCAUUGGCUCUUCUGCUGCAGAUUGUGUUAGUAUUGCUUCAAAUACAUCAUUUGCAGAUUCAGAAUUUGGUACUAAGAGAGAACUUCCUGGACGGACUAUGGAAUUUACCAUUGAUUUAUCACAAACACCAGUUGUAGGUCAAAAAUACCUUUUAAAAGAUAGUCCCCAUAAUGGAGAAAAAGAAGGAUCUUCUGCUUCACCCAGGCGUAGUCUUUCACACAAUCAUUCUUUUACAGAAAAUGGUUCUGUAGGUUGGAAACGUCCCUGGUUAUCACAAGCACGAACAAGAGAGCAUUUAAUUGGUUUGCUGACAAGUUGCGGUCAAAGAGUAGGUUUGCCGAAAAGUCCAUCUGUUAUAUUCAGUCAAAGCAGUGACAUUAUUGAACAUCAGUCUUCAAUGUGCAGCAGUACUGAAGAAAUAUCAGCAACAAAUAAUGAAUCAGCAGAUAGCAAACUUGAAGAUGGCCAUCCAGAACAUGCUCAGUUUGGUGUUUUCAAAGAUUUUGAUUUCCUGGAAUAUGAAUUAGAAAGUCAAGAAGGAGAAAGCAUGGAUAACUUUAAUUGGGGUGUCCGUCGUCGAUCACUUACUAAUUAUGAUGGCAGUACAGAUGAUGUUUCAAAACCAAAGCUGAGCUUGAAUAUGAGCAAUUCAACUUUAAGCCCUCGAAAAGAAGAAUCAUCCGAUGAUGAAAUAGGCAGCGUAUCUCCUCUUGAUGAUGUGCAUCCUGAUCUGCCAAGCAGCAGCAGUGGAUAUGUCUUUCCUCCAAGCUCACUUCCUUUAUCUGAACACAGAAGAAGACCCAUAAGCCCUGCUUCAGGAUCAACUCAUAGUUUAGCCAGUGAUGGCGAUCUUACUUUAAGUAUUACAUCUCCCAGUUUUUCACCUUUGGCAGCAAUUCAUUUACCACCUGGGUCAGAAGAUAUUGAAGAUAUGUGGCGGGCUCAUGUCCGUGAGCUAAUGUCUGAUGCAUCAGGGAAUAUAGCUUCUAACACAUAUCAAAUUAUGUCUCGUCUUUUCAAAGAAAUGUUUAGAAGAGUAACUAGAUUGACAAGAGAAUGCUGUCAAAUGAUUUCUCAUAUAGAUGGUUUCCGCAGUGUUGCUUCUCAUUUUCUGACUAUGUUGGAUGUUCUCAUCAAUCAAGUAGAAUGUCCGUUCAUUCAUAUUGAUCCAGAAAUCAUGCUACAUUUGGAACGUCAUAAAUUUUGUGUUCUAGAAAUACAAGAACACUGGGAAACUUUCUUAGAAAAACAGGAGCACACCAUGGAAUGUAUGGAUAGCAUGAAGUCUGCUAUUAAAUUAGAACAACUUGGUGAACCUAUUCCUGAAGGAACUGUUGAAGAGCAUCGAGUAGAUUUAUGCAGAUGUUUGUAUAAAUUGCAUUUUCAACUUUUAUUAUUGUUAGAAAGCUACGUGAAAUUACUGUCAUUGUUAACUAAUAGAAUUCAGCAAAUCAAUGUAGUUGAUCUGUCUCAAGAUAUUACCUCUGUGAAGAAUGAAGUAAUACGUGCUGUUGAGGACACUGAAAGUGAUAGAUUAUCACCUUCUGAGCAGCCGGAUGUAUCAUCUCUUUCUCAACAAGAGGCAGAAGCAAUAUUACUGGAAUUAGUUCAUACUCGUAAAUGGGGUAAAGCAAUUCGACAUCUGCAUUGCUAUCGUGCCAUGUUUCCUGGUUCUAUAUUUGGAAAUUCUGAGGAGGAUGACAUUGAUGUGAUACUUGGUAUAUAUGCUAAACAUCUUUGUGAAAAUAGAACGGGAUACUUCAUGAUGUCUCAAGAAGAACAUGACAUAGCAAAUGUAUGUCGUCAACUCAUGGACAUAAGUUUGCAAUUAUCUUCAGUCUUGCAUAAUUUGGAGCAUUCUCAACAAGAGAGAAAUCAAGAUUCUUCAUUUCGCCGAUCUGAGUGUUAAACAUAAUUUUAACAAUGUAAAAGUUAUUUUAUGAUAUAUUGCAAAAUACUACUUCCAAAAACUAAUUAAAACUUUAAUUUCAUUAUACAAAAUGGAUUUUGACGUAAUGUAGGAAAUUUUCUACAUUCCAUUUUUCUUGGAAAGAGCAUGGACUAAAAAAUUCAAUUGUAUUAUUUAAAAAAUUUCCACAUCAGGCAUAUUUAUGCAUUUUAUUUUAUAACUAUGUUUUCUUUUUAAAUGCUGUAAAAAGUUGAAUAAUUUUAAAUAUUUUCUGAUAAUUUAAAUACUUUUGGAAUUUAUUUAUUUUUUGUUUGUUUCCAACAUAAAUUCUUAAGUUUGCUUGUUGUAAAAGGCUAAUAUUAUUUAGUUAUCAAAUAUAUGCUUAUUAGUUCUUUAAUUUUUUUAUUCAAAUAAUUAAUAAUAUAAGGAUGCAUUUUUUUUUCUUGAUGUGUUUAGAAACUACUUGUAUUCACUUGUCCUUCAUUCUCUGCAAAUCAGCAUUUUGUUCCUAUUGUGUUGUUAAAUAUCCUAUGAGCUUAUUUAUGGAGUACUUUUCUGCUAGUGAGACCCUUAAUGCUACCAAGCUUUGAUUUUUGGCACUAUUUUAUCAGUGAUAACAUUCAUUUCCAAAAUUGUCUUGCUAACAGAAAAGUACCACUUAUAAUUUUUCUUCCAAGUAAAAAAAAUAAAUAAAUUGUUACAUGUUUCAUCUUGGGAAAAGCUAUUGUUUUGUUUUAUAUUUAUGAAAACUGUGUCGUGAAGGACUGUAUCUAGUCUUGUUAUUUGACAUAAUUUUAUAUAGAAAAUUGUAUUAUUUGUAUUAGUAAAAACUCAAUAUAAAUUAAUAAUUCAUUUAUAUUUAUAAAUAUGCUAACAAAUAAUCAUAUAUUUGUAAACUGUUUAUAAUAAUUAAGUUUUAGUCACUUAACCCUUACUAAUUAUUAAAUCAUAAUUUUCAAAAUCUUUGUAGAAAUUUACAGGAUGAAUCGUAUUUUGAGCAUCCUAUUCUUUUCUUUUUAGAAAAAGACACAAUUGCUUGUAGUUGUAGUAUAUAUAAAAUUUUACAAUUGUAUAUGUUUGAUUUAUUAUUCGUAUACUUUUAAGCAUCUCAUCUCUUCCAUUUAAUAAUUGCAUUAUUUAUUUUCUCAAUACUUUAAAAUGAUUUUUUUAAUUUGAUUUUUAUUAGAGUAGUUUAU